AUGGUCGUCCUCAUACGCGGCUGCAAUUUCAGCACCACAGACAGCUCUGUCUCCAGCUCCAGCCUCAGCAGCACCGCCGCCACCCUGCGGGACUUCCCGGCGUCCCACAGCCCCGGCGGGCUGAGCCGGACCGGCCACACGGUUGUGGCAGUAUGCCUUGGCUUCAUCUUAGUGGCGGGAAUCCUCAACAACUUCUUCGCGCUUCUCAUCUUCGCAAAGUUCCGCUGCCUCUGGACGCCCAUCAAUGUGAUCCUGCUGAACAUCAGCCUGAGCGACAUCCUCGUGUGCGUCUUCGGCACACCCUUCAGUUUCGCUGCGAGUCUGCACGGGAGAUGGCUCAUCGGAGAGCACGGCUGCAAGUGGUACGGGUUCGCCAAUUCCCUCUUCGGCAUUGUGUCCCUGGUGUCCUUGUCUGUCCUCUCCUAUGAGCGCUACACUGCCGUGCUGUGCUCCUCCCAGGUCGACAUCUCAGACUUCAGGAAGGCUUGGCUCUGCGUCGCAGGCUCCUGGCUCUACUCUCUCUUCUGGACCCUGCCGCCCUUCCUGGGUUGGAGCAGCUACGGGCCGGAGGGACCCGGUACCACAUGCUCCGUCCAGUGGCACCUUCGCUCAGCCACCAGCAUCUCUUACGUGUUGUGUCUCUUCAUCUUCUGUCUGCUGCUGCCCCUUCUGCUCAUGGUCUACUCUUACAGUAGAAUCCUGAUGGUGAUCAGGAGGGUGGGUAAGAUCAACCUGCUGUCAGCUCAGCGCAGAGAGCAGCACAUUCUGAUGAUGGUGUUGUCCAUGGUGUCCUGCUACAUGGUCUGCUGGAUGCCCUACGGCAUCAUGGCGCUGGUGGCCACCUUCGGGAGCUCAGGAGUGGUCACUCCCAUAGCUAGUGUGGUGCCCUCCAUCCUGGCCAAGUUCAGCACCGUGGUCAACCCCGUCAUCUACAUGUUCUUCAACAACCAGUUUUAUGGAUGCUUUGUGGCCUUCAUGAAGUGCACCAGGGAACCCCACUCUGUUCAAGGAGACCCGCAAACAGCUCAGAGGAAACAUACCUCUGGUUUGUUCCCCGUGCAGAAACAAACCCGCCUCAGCUCUUCACAGCGUCAGAUCCUCAGUGGCCCUGGAAGCACCGCCCUCUGCAGCCAGCACAAUGACCGCCAUACACUCGUUGUCCACUACACUCCAUGA